AACCCACAGGUGAGGUGUCCAAGGUUGAAGUGACAGCUCUGUGGUCACCAGGGACCCAGGCUCCUCUUUCUUAUCUUUGUGCUCUGUCAUUCAUUACCUCUGCCGUGCUCUACCACCAACCAGGAGGAAAGAGGAAGCGUAUCUUUUUCAUUGAAGAGUGUUUUAUGAAUGCCAUCCUGUCCCAGCUCCCAGCUGCUUGGAUCUCAUUGGCCAGAACUCAGUCAUAUGAAGCACCCCCUCCCCAGGAGGCUGAGUAAUGCCGGCUGUCUUCUGGGAGGCCCUGGGGCGCUGUGUCAGUUUUCUUACCUUGGAGGAAGCACUGUCACUGACCACAUGAGAACGAACCCCAGCAGCAGGCAUCGUCACCAUCUCUCCUCCAACUCAGGCCCCUUUCUGCGGCCAUGAUGGCCCAGUCCAAGGCCAACGGCUCACACUACGCACUGACGGCCAUCGGCCUGGGGAUGCUGGUCCUCGGGGUGAUCAUGGCCAUGUGGAACCUAGUCCCUGGUUUCAGUGCUGCAGAGAAGCCAACAGCUCAGGGCAACAAGACAGUGGGAGGUGGUGGCAUCCUCAAGAGCAAGACUUUCUCAGUGGCGUAUGUGCUGGUCGGCGCUGGCGUGAUGCUGCUGCUGCUGUCCAUCUGUCUGAGCAUCCGGGACAAGAGGAAGCUUCGGCAGAAUGAGGAACUGGCCCGCAUCCAACAGCAGGCUGGAGCUGUGCCUCCCACGCAGGAGGAAGACAGCCAGGAGGAGGAGGAGGAGGAGGCUUCCUCACGGUACUAUGUACCCAGCUACGAGGAAGUGAUGAACACAGGCUACUCGGAAACCAGGGGGCAGGAGCAGAACCCGAGACUAAGCAUCUCUCUCCCCUCCUAUGAGUCGUUGACGGGGCUCGACGAGACAACCCCCACGGGCACCAGGGCUGACACAGAGGCCAGCCCAGGGCAUGCUCCGGACAGGCAAAACUCCAAGCUGGCCAAACGCCUGAAACCACUCAAAGUUCGAAGGAUCAAAUCUGAAAAACUUCACCUCAAAGACUUCAGGAUCAACCUCCCAGACAAGAAUAUUCCUCCUCCCUCUAUUGAGCCUUUGACUCCUCCUCCGCAGUAUGACGAGGUCCAGUCGAAGGCCCCUGAUGCCCGGCCUCCCGACUGAACGGCCCUUCUGACUUCACCCCCUCCUGUCUCACCCUCCACACCGACAGACUGCACCGAAGUCACUUCAGCCCCAGACAAGGGGUCAGGGCACACUUAGCCACUGUGAUGGGGAUUCUGGGUAGAGGGAGUGACCAAGGGUGUUUCACAGAGCCUCACGUAGCGGGAGCAUCAGAAGGAUGCUGGGAGCUUGUGAUACUCUGGACCGCACGCAACAAGGUGUGCGACCUUGGCAUCCCCUCCACCUUCCUUCUCAACUCGGAAUCAUUGACAACACACUCCUCUUCUGAGAUGGGACAGGAUCCUUAGUGACUGGUGUAGACCGAGGCUGUCUCCUUUUGCUUCCACUGCAGUUGCUGUGUUUCAAAAGGAAACCAAAUUUAGUGCUUACUUUCUUCACUGAAGCCUUGAACAGGCAGGGAAAUCGGCUCAGCAUUGGCCAAAAGGACUGUCUGGUGAAUCAAGUGACAACUGGGAGUGUCGGGGAGGCCCCUAGAGGCUCCUGGUGCUGUUGGUUCUUUGAGGGUCUAAGGCCUGAUGACCUUCAGCAUGUGGCACGUGAGGUGGUUGUCUCAGUGCACUGCUCUCCUGUGGGUAUUGAAAGGCAGGAGAGGAAAAGUUGCUGUUCGUGUCUCCUCAAAUGCCAUGCGGCUGGGCAUUUUAUAAUAAAGUGUUUUAUAUGUGGCA